AUGAACGAUACCCCUUACCCGGCCGAGAUUCGAGAGUACCUCUACAAGAUUCUCGUCAUUGGCGAUGUCGGUACCGGAAAGACAUCCAUCAUCAAGCGCUAUGUCCACAACAUCUUUUCCAUGAACUACAAGUCCACCAUCGGAGUCGAUUUCGCACUCAAGGUCAUCCAAUGGUCGCCUGAUACCGUCGUCCGUCUGCAGUUGUGGGACAUCGCUGGUCAGGAAAGAGCCAGCAUGGCACGAGUUUAUUACAAGGAAGCAGUUGCAGCAUUGAUUGUGUACGAUGUGACACGGCCAAAGACAUUCGAGGCCGUUAAACGGUGGAAGGCCGAUCUAGACUCUAAAGUAACCCUGCCUGGCACCGACGAACCCAUUCACGCCAUCUUACUUGCUAACAAGACUGAUCUGCAGGAGAAUGAGUUGAAUUCAGAGGAACUAGACGAGUUCUGCGAGGAGCAUGGGUUUCUCAAAUGGUUUGGGACAUCGGCCAAAGAUAACAGGAACAUUGAGGAUGCGACACAGUUUUUGCUGGAGAAGAUUCUAGCGAGCGAGGAGGAGCGGGCGCAGAGGCAGAUAAUGAGUCUCCAGGUCAACUUUACAACCUACGGUCACGAACUGAAGGCCGCCUACGAGGACAUCCUUCGUCCCGUCAACCCCCAAGGCGGAAACAACUGGGCUCUCUUUGGAUACGACAAGGGCACCAACGAUCUCAAGGUCCUCGGUCAGGGCAGCGGCGGACUCGAGGAGCUCGAGGAUGAGUUUGCCGACGGCAAGAUCCAAUAUGCCUUUGUCCGUACUGUCGACCCAUAUUCGCAAUUGAACAAGUUUGUCCUUAUUGCCUGGUGCGGCGAUGGUGUUCCAGAGUCCAAGAAGGGUCUUUUCAACUCGCAUCUGACCGAUGUUUCGCAGUUCCUCAAGGUAAAGCCCAAAACAGACAAGGCAUUCAGUUCUAUCUAUGCGCAGUCCGACGACCAAACACACAACGACAAGGCGAUAGGCGGUUACCACUUGCAGAUCAAUGCCCGUAACGAGGCCGACGUCACGCCAGCACAGAUUAUGAAGCGUUUGGAUGAAGGCUCUGGCUCAAAGUACUCAACUCACAAGGAGAGCUAUGAAGCUGAGCGUAUCCGCCCUCUGCAGUCUGCGUACAAAAAGACAGAGAUCCCAGACAUCGCUGCCUUGCAGCGCAACCCUACCAAGCCCGAACCUGCUCCCAAGUACAACAUUGGCACCAAGCCUGUCGGUUAUUCCAGCUCUGCCUCAUCAGCUGCUACACCCGCCAAACUGGAGGAUCGCGUCUGGCCUCCUCCCUCCUCCACUUCAUCUUCAUCCCCUGCCUCGCCUCCGGUUUCAACUGAACGAUCAUGGAAGACAUCUGUGGGCGGUGCUGGCUCUUACACCUCCUCGACCCCUUCCAACAAGGUUGUUCCUCCAGCCUCCCUGUCAUCUUUUGGUGGAGGAGCAUCAUCCGCUCCAGAACCUGCGGUCAACAAGGCCCAUCAGAUCCGUCUGGAGCGUGAGGCACGCGAGAAGGAGGAGCGUGAGAGAAUCAAGCGUGAGAUUGAGGCAAGCGAGGCCCGCCAGCGACAGUCUGCUUCCUCUGGCGCUGGUGGUCCUACCUCGACUGCUCAACGCUUGGCUGAGGAGAGAAAGCUCCAGGCACAGAAGGAGGCAGAGCGUGAGAAGGAACAGCAGCAGGCCAGCAGCAGAGGAGGCGCAGGAUUCAGCGACAGUCCUUCCGGUUUGAGUAACACCCCGAACCGCAUUCGUGAGGAGCGUUUGGCCCGUGAGAAGGAGGAACGCGAGAGGGCUCAGGCCGAGGAUUCUGCUCGAUCUGCUCGCGAGGCUUUCAAGACUCGUGAGGUAGACAGUCUUCGUGAACAGACGAGUGCCAGGGAGGAUGAUUUGAAGCGUCAGAAGGAACAUGAUCAGAGAAAGCAGCGUGAGGCACGGGAAGCGGAGGAGCGUCAUGCACAGGAGCAGUCCAGUCUGCAGAGGCAGCAACAGGAGGAAGAAGAAGAGGAGGCCGCUCGUCAAAGACAACAACAGGAGGAGGAGGAGGAGGAAGAACGGAGGGCACAGCAGCAGCGUCAACGUCAGAAGGAUGAGGAUGAGGCCAAGCAGCGUCGCCAACGUGAGCAGCAGGAGGCCGAUGACCGUAAGCGCCGUCAAGCCGAAGAGGAUGCAGCAGAGGAGGAGAGACAGCGUCGCCAGGCUGAGGAAGAGGAGGAGAGAGAGCACGAGAGACAUAUGCAGGAGGAGGUCAACGCUGCGGCCACUCAGUCUGUUAAUCUGGGCGCUGAUGCCCUUUUGGCCUCGACUGAGCACCCUGAGCUCACCGUGAGCGGAUCUGUCUCGGCCAUCGUCUUGUAUUCGUACGAGAAGGCCGAGGAGAACGAGAUGUCGUUGCUCGAGGGGGAGAUCAUCCGGAACGUCACUGAGCUCGAUGUCGGUUGGUGGAGCGGCGAGAGUGAGGAUGGUACCCGGUCCGGUCUGUUCCCUGCCAACUAUGUCGAGGUCAUUGAGCAUGCUCAGGAGCAGGAGCAGCAUCACGAUGCCCAUGACGAUCAUCAUGCUGCUGCUGCCGCACACGACCAGCACCAGGACCAUGAGGCUGAACAUGAAGCGUACUCUGCUCAGCAUGCACCUGCCGCCCCGGCUGCUGCUGCUGGCGGAGAGAAGAAGCCCACGGCUGUUGCACUGUACGAUUAUCAGGCAGGCGAGCCCAACGAGCUUUCCUUCAACGAAGGCGAAACCAUUACCGAGAUUGAUUUUGUAACGGAGGAUUGGUGGAGCGGCAAGUCUGAUGCUGGCGCGAGUGGACUGUUCCCAGCCAACUAUGUCGAGAUCAUCCAAUAG